AUGUUUGUUAAAGCUCAAGGGUAUGAUCAGGGGCACUCAGACCACACGUUGUUUACAAAAAAGUCAAGUUCAGGAAAGACCUCAGUACUUAUUGUGUAUGUAGAUGACAUUGUUCUGACCAGUGAUGAUACUGAUGAAAUUAUGAGACUUAAAACAAAGAUGGCUGAAGAAUUUGAAAUUAAAGAUCUGGGAAAUUACGACACCCUUGCAGAGUAUAAUGCCAAACUGAGUAAUGUUAAUAAUGGAGCCCCUGUUAGCAAAGAGAGAUAUCAGCGAUUAGUCAGGAAGUUGAUAUAUUUAUCUCACACAAGACCUGAUAUAUCAUAUACCGGCACUCCUGGUAAAAGUCUUCUGUUCAGGAAGUCUAGUAAACAUGGUGUAGAAGCAUAUACAGAUUCGGACUGGGCUGGAUCUGCUGUUGAUAGAAAGUCUGUGUCUGGAUAUUGCACGUUUGUCUAG